UUAUAAAUUAGGACGAUUGUUGUAAUAUUUAUGUCACUUUGGUAUCUUUUGCCUCUCUUUUACAAGCUUUCUGUUAUUUAGAUAUGUUAUGAUGAAUGUAAUGCUUCAAUGAUGAGAGUCAAUCUGUAAAUAGCGGCAAGCCAAGAUGUCCAACUUUAGAGUGUUCUCAACCAAAUGUGUUACAUUUUUGAGGAAUACAUCUAAUAUUUCCAGCUCAACAACACUCAGGAGAUUCCUUUCACAAAAGUCUUAUACAUAUUACAAUCCUGAAAGUCAAAGCAGAUUAACCAAAUUAUUAACACAAAUCUGUGGUGGGUGUAUAGCUUGUGGUUUAUCAGUGUAUUGUUUGAAGGACAGAAAAUUUUUCACAAACAAAUUUAUAGUGAAUGCCUUAGAACCUUCAGAUGACAAUAUACCCAGAAUGCCAUACAGUUUCCUGGCAGAUAUUGUAGAAAUGGCACAACCAGCUGUAGUUUAUAUUGAAGUUAAGAUACGUAAUCCAUAUGGACAAGGUGUUGUGAAAUCUCAUGGAUCAGGAUUUAUAGUACGUGAGGAUGGACUUGUUCUGACAAAUGCACAUGUGAUAAGCCGACAAACAGUUGUUGACGUGAAGCUACAGGACGGUCGUGUAGUAAAGGGACAAGUUCAGGCUGUUGAUUCAGUGACUGAUCUGGCUACUGUUAAAAUUAAUGAAAAAAACUUGCCAGUGCUAAAAUUGGGAAAGUCUUCAGCAUCAAGACCAGGAGAAUUUGUAUUAGCAAUGGGCAGCCCUUUGACAUUAAACAAUUCUGUGACACAUGGUAUAAUUAGUACUGUUAAUCGAGGCAGCAGAGAAUUGGGAAUGGAAGUUCGUGAUAUGGAGUAUAUACAGACAGACGCAGUAAUCACGAAAGGAAAUUCUGGAGGACCUUUAGUAAACAUGAAAGGUGAAGCCAUUGGUAUAAACACACUAAAUGUAAUGGCCGGGAUUUCAUUUGCUAUACCAUCAGAUAGAGCUGCUGAGUUUCUGAGGAAAGCAGAAGAGCUAGAAAAGAGGGCUGCCAAAAAAGGAUGGUUUGGUAUGGGAAGUAAAGCUGUUACAACAAAACAGAAUCGUUAUAUAGGAAUAACAAUGUUUACACUCUCUCCAGAAUUUCUGUCAGAUUUACAGUCUAGAGCACCCAACUUUCCACAACACAUAACCUCAGGAGUUUUAGUACCCACAGUUAUACAUGGGUCCCCUGCUCACAGAGCUGGAAUUCAACCUGGUGAUGUUAUUGUGAAAAUCAACGAUAAGGAUAUAAAAUCUUCGGCUGAAGUUUAUAAGAUCUUAGAGACUAGUGAUACUCUCAUUGUACAAGUUUACAGACAGAAUCAGAAAUUUCAGCUUACAAUUACACCAGAUACAAUAGAUUAAUGAUAUAUGUAUUUUUAUCUUAUUUUCUUAAAAGUAAAACUUGUAGCAUGCCUGGGUACAUGAUUUACAAGACCUUAAUCUAGGCUUUUGAGUCUAUGAGUCUUUGUAGACAAAAUGCUUAUCUGGCAUUCAAAAUAUUAAGCCUGGUAUCUAUGAUGAGUUUAUUGAAUGAAUUCCUUUUUCUUUAGGUUUUCAGGGUUUAGAUUGCAUGAAAUGUAAUCAAAACUCCUUAUGUCAUUGGAUUGGUAGCUAUAUCUACCAAGCCUCAUUCCUACCUUGGAGAAUGCAAACAACUGAGUGCAGUGAAAUGAACAUUCUUGUGAAUAUCCAUGCCUGUGUCAACCAAAACAUUUUGUUAAUGAUAUGUACUCAGCUAUUCAAGUUACUAAUUGAUGUGUAUGUGUAUAACCAUACUUGUCAAAAAAACUGUUUUAUUAAAAACUAAGUUGUG